CACAUUUCUGAAUGGACCGCAGCCAACGUCGUGGAGUGGAUGGCGGCCCUCAAUAUGUACAAUUACGUGGAUAUAUUCAAAUCAAAAGAUGUAAAGGGUUCAGACCUUCUGCACCUAGACAAAGAAAAAUUAGUGAAUAUGGGUGUCAAGGAUGAGUUCCAUCAAAGAGCCAUAUUAGUCUGUGUAGAGGAGCUGCAAUCAAGAACAUUACACUCUCCCUUAGCUUCUGACGAUAAUUCGUUUGAUACCGCAAAUACUCAUAACAUGCGACUUUAUAGUUUCUCUGAGCUUCAAAGAUGUGAUAAAUGCCAAAAGUUUCUUAGAGGUCUUCAACAUCAAGGGCUCAUAUGUCAAGAUUGUGGACUUGUUGCCCACCGAACAUGCACUUCUACUGGCCUUCAGGCCUGUGUUCCGAAGACAGAACGGCUUCAAAGAUUGCCGGCUAGUCCAGCCUUUGGAGUGGCCCUGUGUUCGGAGUUUGAUCCUCGGGAACAGCCAGCACCUAAGCUGGUGCAGCUUUGUGUGCAAGCUCUGGAGACACAUGCCAUUAAUGAUGUAGGACUCAACCUGUACAAGCUGUACCGAUCCACACCACCCUCAGAUCGAGUGAACUCACUUGUAGCCCGCCUGAAUGAAGGGGAUUGGAAUCACCUGAACGUCUACUCUUAUGAGCCGAGUGUGGUGGCCUGUGUGCUCCAUAAGUACCUAAGGGAAUUGCCAGAUCAGGUGAUCCCUGUGAUGUGGUAUGACCGCUUCAUUGAUGCCUCUCGCAUCCGAAAUGACGAGCAGUGCGCUCAAUGUCUAUUGCGUUUGUAUGAAGACCUGCCUCCGCAUCAUCGGGCGACCUUGUCCUAUCUCAUGGCCCACUUUGUGCGUCUGUGUCAGAAGCAGCAUGCUAGAGGAAUCCAUGAACCUCCAACUGUCCUUGUUCAGAGCCUUUGCCAUGUUUUAAUCCGACCUCCUUGGGAACGUAUCAUACAAGUUGUAUAUAAUGCUGAAGCACACAUUAGGAUAACAGAAAUGCUCCUCAUGUACGGUCCAUGGGGAGAAAAACUUCCUGAGUUUGCUAGAGCACCUGCUCUACCUCCCAGGAAAAUUUCCAUUACUCGACAGAGUCGAGAACCGGGUACACCAGGCUUUCCUUCUUCAGCUUCUGGGACUCCUCUAGAUGAAGCUGAGGCAGACAAAAGUACUUCUGAACUCUCUCUUGAAGAGUGUGAAUGGUAUUGGGGUCAAAUAUCUCGAGAAGAUGUUGGUGAUAAGCUGAUGGACACUCCUGAUGGUACUUUUCUGGUCCGUGAUGCUUCUAAUAAGAGUGGAGAGUUUACUCUAACCCUGAGAAAAGAUGGUAGCAACAAACUUAUCAAGAUAUGCUGUAGGAAUGGCCGUUAUGGUUUUGUAGAACCCUACAACUUCAACUCGGUCCCAGAACUCAUUAAAUUCUACAGCAACAACUCUCUUUCUCAUUGUAAUCCAACGUUAGAUAUCAAAUUAAGUUACCCUGUGUCACGUUUUCAACAGGAGGAUGAAGUUUCGGCUUCAGAAGAUAUAGAAAAAAUAGGAAUGAAACUCAAAGAAGCUCAAAAAAUUCUGGAUGAUAAAUAUAAACACAUUCAAGAAAUUUAUGAGGAUUAUAAUAAGUCUUCUCAAGAAAUUGCCAUUAAAAGACAAGCUUUAGAGGCCUUUGGGGAAGCAAUCAAUUUGUUCAAGGAACAGAUUAAAACUCAAGAAAAGUUCCAGAAAGAGGCGCAGCCCCAUGAAAUGAAAGGAUUGUCUGAAAAUGUUGAUGCUCUCACUCGGCGACUGAAGUCUUUGGAAGACAGCAAGGCUCAACUAGAUGAAAAUCUCACUCAGCAGACCACGUACAACCGGUGCCUUGACCGAGAGAUGACCAAACUAAAAUCAGAGAUUCAGAGUCUUGAACAAACCUCCACUAAGCUUAUCUCACGUCUUAAGAAUUUGGGGAUCCAAAAGAACCGUAUUUUAAAUUACAUUGGGCAAGAAGAAGCCUCUGAUACUGAUGGAUGGCCUCAUCAUGAUGAAAAAACUUGGUACCUGUCUGAAUGUUCCCGUAAUGAAGCAGAUCGUAUUUUAGCCAAUAGACCUGAUGGCACUUUCCUCAUUCGUCCAUCCUCAACAUCAAACAAAUAUGCCCUUUCAAUCCAAUGUAAAGGAACAACAAACCACUGUAUUAUUCUUCAGACGGAAAAGGGAUAUGGUUUUGCUGAGCCCUUCAAUAUCCAUAGGACUCUCAAGGCACUAGUUUUGCACUAUGCAACAAAUUCACUAGAAGAGCACAAUGAACACCUGGUGACUACUUUACUAUACCCAGUUCGUGCGAAAAUUCCUCCUCCUUCCACGCCCGUGGAUCCCUCCAAUUCUGUCGGUGGUGUACCCGAACUCAAGGGCUAUGUGCCUCUUUCCCAAAACCGCUGAGUCAUGAGGAAGAGCUUGGUUUUCCCAAACACUGCCAUCAGUGCUUUGCAAUUAACAUCUUAAAAGUUGGGGACUUAUUUUUAUUGAAAAUAUCUUAUCAUGUUAUUUGUGAGUUCAGGAGUUUUGGGGGUUCUGGUCACAUAUGUGCCAUUUUGCCAAACCAUCAAAUUCAUGAAGUUUAUGAUCUAAGAUAAAGGAAGGCUUGUGGCUCAAUUUUUCUUAGCUCUCAAUGAAUUGCAGACCUUUUGUUGCCAUAACUUGGUUAUGGUUUCAAAAGGAAUGACCGUUCUGCUUUUUGGUGUUUUUUUAAUUGCAAUAGACAUUCAACAACACAAAGUGCUGUGCUUCCCCAUCUAAGAUGUGUAGUAGUAAACUGCUGAAGAGACAUCAAUAUACGUACUCAGAAGUGUGCAAGAUGAAGAACUACAGAUGUCUGUGAUAAUGGAUUAUUAAUGGCAUGUCAGUGUUAUGCCAAUAGUUAGCUUUUGUACAAAUAUGAUCAAUAUUUGAUGAAUAAGUAAGAGAUCCACCGAUACUCUGGCUGUGUAUCUACACAGUGAGAUGGAAGUAUGAUUGGUAAUUUUGUGAGUGAAUGUGUGUAUGUGUGUGUAUGUAUGUAUCUAUGUAGUAUGUAUGUAUCUAUGAAUGCUAGGUAAAAGUCUGAGGAAAUGCUUAUAGGUGGAACAUGAAUUAAUGUGAUGUAUGAAAGUGUAUGGCAGUUCAAGGUGUAUAUUGUAGGAACGUGAAUGAAUUAUGAAAUCUGUGUGAAAAAUCUAAUACCAUACGAGGCAAGUCAGAAGCAGUAAUUGGAUUAUGGUGCUGCCUUGUGGUGCAUGAGAAAAAAUUAAGUGAUACAGGAACCUGCUUCAAUUUUGUAGUCCUAGGUGUAUGAAUUUGAUAUUUUGCUUCUGUGUGAUUUCUUUUCUUUUUCUUUUUUUUAAAAAUAUGGCCGAAUAUUUUGCUACUAACUUACCUGUCUUCUUAAGUGUACUGUUUUGGUCAAUCUACCCAUGUUAUAAUUUGUAGGAUGGCUGAAUUAUAGUAACUUGUUUAUAGGUCUUUUUUAUGAUGUUUCUAUAAAAUCAAUUUUUGUUAAAUCUCUUCAUUUGUUGUUUUGUGUUGAAAGAAGUUGCAAAAUGUGACCCUAUUCUUUUGUUCGUAUGUGGCGGUGGUCUCCCAAGUAAAUUUCUACUCGGAAUACUAGUCCCAUUGUCAUUGUAUUCACUCCAGAAAAGGGUCAGAUUUUGACUGCUCAAAGUCUUUAUAAUGAUAAAACUUAUGCUCGUUGAAAUCUUCUCUCAAUAGUUUCUAUGAAUGGCCACUUGUGAAUGUGCUCAGAAGCGAAACAAUUUCUGUGCUUUGGGUUGGCAUGAGAAAAAGAAGUUGGAUUGCUAAAUAAUUACUACUUACCUUGAAUCUACAUGAUUUUGAAAUGGGGUAGAAAAGUUACCCCAGUACCAAGAAAAUUUGUGCACUUGCACUUAAAGACAAAAUCUUGAGGACAAUAUUAUUUUAUAAUAUUAUUCUUUACUUCAUUUUAACUCACUUGCACUCCCUCAACCUGCACAGAAAAUGUUCCAUGCAAUCUGAAGACUUACUGAUGUUUGUGAUCCCAGUUAUCUCAGGACUUAUCUGUCUAUGUAUUCUUUCUCAAUACUCUAAGUCAGAGUACAUUAUUGAUACUCUAAGUCAGAGUACACUAAUUGUAUUUUUGAAUUGAUAUGUAAGAAUCAACAUUGAAGAAGGAUUUUGUUUUUCAAAUCAUGUUAAGGUGUGUAGAAUUGCUUCAUGGCAUUGUGGAAUGUUGGUUUUGCUGAGUGAUAACUAUUCAUUUUAAUACUGUCACAAAUCAUGUCCACCAUGCAUAUUGUCCAAGAGUAUGUGUAUAUAUUUUUAAGUGAUUUCUAUGAUGCCUAUUUGCAGUACUUUCUAUUUUUAAAAGAAAUUACGGUAUGUUAUUACUCUGUCAACUUACAUUUUCUUGCCUCUUGUUUCACUUUUUAAUCUGCUGCAAAUCAUUUCUGCUUAAAUUACCUAUUAUAUUGUUACAAGAGUCAGCCUGAGAAGAAAAUGUGAGGUAUCAAAUCAACUGGUCAAAACAUUCUUGUAACAUCUCAAACUUUUUGAAGCUGUAAAUUUCCUUAUUAUUUUUUUUUAAGUUUCCAAUUUUAUUGAUGUAAGUGUCUUGUGGUUUGUGGCUGUGUGAUAUGAUAUGGGACUUACGUCGCGCUCAGUCUGCCGGCAGCCCACUAGCGCGGCAUAUCACUCACCCAUCGAAGUCCCAACCUGUUGGUACCAACCUGUUGGCUGGUAUUUUACUGAAUUUUUAUUUUUAAUACACUAUAGAUGUAUAUUUAUGAAAACGAAAAUGACUAUACUAGAUUUAAUUUAUAAUAGGGUAACAAAUUGUAUAUCUGGCCUCUUAAAAAUUGUUUCAAUUUUUUUUUCAACCAAUGUUUAAAAAUUUAAUGUAUUCCAUGUAACAUUGGAAGUCUCCCGGCAUUAGAGAACAUAGCUAUGUGAUAAUUGUACUGUACUUUGUUCAACAGACAAAUAUGAUGUUUGUAAGAUUUCUAAUAAAGAAGUAUAUUGAUUACUUAAAAAAUAUUA